AUGUCCUCUUCCCCCUCCUCUUCUUCUGCUAAUGUGAAUAACACUAUCGAGUUACACACACUGAACUUAUUCACGUUGAAUUCAAGUGAAACUGAACCCAGAGAUAAUUUGAAGAGAGACAGUUUAAUUGAUAACAAUGUUACCAAAGACGAAGGUGUUCAGCCUAUCCAGUCCGAGGAAACUAAAAAUGAAGAUGAAUGUAUUGCAAAUACGAUAGAAGAAGAAAAGGUUGAGAAUGUCGAUUGUCUUAUGAGUGAUAAUGACUUAUUGGAUAUGUUAGAAGAAAUGGAACAGAUGACCUCCAAUGAGAAGACGGAAUCAGUGCGUCGUUCAAUUGAUGACAUCGUCGCGACCUGCAACACCAAAAACAACAAUUCAAUCAUUCUGAAUUUUGACCCACUGAAUAAUGUAUCACAAAAUCGUGAUUCUUUACAGUUGUGUGAAUCAAUCGAUAAGUUACCUCAACAAUCUGUAGAUAACAAUGUGGUUGUUACCCAAGAGGCAGAAAGUGGUCAGCCUGUUCAAUUCAUGGAAAAUGUAGUAGAUAAUGAAUUUAUUGUGAAUAUGAACGAAGAAGCAGAGGUUGAGAAUAUCGGAAGUCCUAUAAAUGAUAAUCACUUCUUGAGUAUGUUAGAGCAACUAGAACAUAUGACCACCAAUAAGAAGGCUAAAUCAAUACGUCGUUCAGUCGUUAACAACAACAAUAUCAACAAUAAUUCAAUCAUCUUGAACUUUGAUCCAUUGAGUAAUAUCGCUUCACAAAGUCGUGAUUCCUUAAAAUUGUGUGAAUCAGUCGAUAAGUCACUUCAAAAAUUUGCUGUCAUCACUCCACAAUCUGUUGACACUGAUAAGUCAUCAGCGUCCUCAUCACGUUUCAAUAGAACAGGACAUUUAAUUAGUCCUUUAUUCUGUGAAGAUUAUAUCCGUGCAGCUAAUAAUACACCAACACAAACAACUCAAGUUGUAUCACCUUUACAAAUGUCUAAUGAAAAUAAUGAUGUUAUUGAGACUAAUGAUACUACUGAUCCAACGGGAACAACCACUCCUACUAAGACUGCAGACACUGCAACUACGACUACUCCUCCUCCUCUUCCUCCUACAACUACCUCAACUUCUUCAAAUGCUAUUCAAUCAUUUACAGAAGUCACAACUAGUGCAUCUACGAAUAAUAAUUUAUUGACUUCAUCAUUCAAUGUAUCAUCAUCCGCUGUUAUGCUGAAUAAAUCUUUUACAAAACUUCAGCAAACAACAACGAUGAUUUCAGCGACAGUCGCUUCAACAUCACCGUUGAUCCGUUCACCAUGGAGAAAUCGUAGUGUGUUAUGUCAAGCAUUGGGUGGUGGCGGCAUCGGCUGUAACUCAAGUUAUAGUGAUGGGGAUAGUUCACCUGAAUGGUUAUCAUUUUCCACGGCAAUGAAUAAGAAGCCACAAAAAGGCAGUGUAAUGCUACAACAGGGCGGUCAAUUAAAUUACGAUGAUGAAGGUGAAGACGCGGAGAAAUCAUUUAAUGCUGAAGGAUUCUUAUCACAUAUAAAUAAACAACCAUCAAAUAAUGAUCAGUGUCUAUUGAAUACCAUUGAAAAGAAAAAAAGAUCUGCUGAAUUAGAUCUUCUAGUUGGUAUGUUAAAUCGUGUUGAAGUGAAAGAUGACGACAAUGAGAAAGAAGAGGGGGAGAAGAAGGAGGAUUCGAAGAAAUCUCUAGUUGAUGAAGAACCAUCACCGUCACUACAGCAACAACGAAAAGACACAGAAAAUCAAGUAUUACCUAAUCCUGAAUUAAAUGUCAAUGCAUAUGUAACACCAGAAAUUAAAGUUCGCAAACAGAUUACACCUUCACUGACAUAUGAUGUAGUAAAACCUAAGAGCAGUGGAAAAUGUUUACAGAAAAGAAAAGAGAGGCAACAGUUAUCGGUUAAUAAUAAUAAUAGUACUAAUGGUAAUACAUCUUAUACUGGUGGUGGUAUAUCUGGCUUUCUGGCUAAAGCAGUACGCUCUGUGUAUUCACAUCUUAUGUCUUCAAGUUUAGCAGUAUCACAAACAUCAAUACUAUCACCACCGGAGGAUAAUUCUGCAUUGAUUGCCGGUAAACAUCAACACAUCAAUACAGUGGAUACAUCGAAAGUGAACAGUAUCAAUGAUACAUCGCCAUUAGAAGUAGAAAAAGGCAACGAAGAAGAGGAAUUAGCAGUUAAAAAUGCCGUGAAUACAACACACAAUCUGAUAAAAGAUGAAGGAGGUGUUGCUGUUGUUUUUGAUGAUGAUGAGAAUGACAAACAUUCAGUUGAGAUAAGAAAAGAACGUGAAAAUCAAUCUAGAAGUAUAAAGUCAUUCACUUCAACAUCUUUGCCACAUACACAAUCUAUGUCAUACGAACAACAGCUACAGCAACACCAACAAAAAUAUGAAGAUGUUGUAUCGAUAGAAGAUGAAGUUUGGAAAACAGUGAGUUCAGUACAUGAUGAUAAUGGCGAUGUCGAUGUAGAUGCCGAUGCCGGUGGCAAUGGCAAUAUUGAUAAUAGCGGUGAUAACAAAAGUAGUCGUACCUAUUCUAUGGAAAUAUCAAAUUAUGAAUCAUCAGAAAUCGAUAACAUUCUAGAAGGUGAAAAUAAAGAAAAUAUGAAAGUUUCACAGGUUACUACUACUGCUGCUAAAGAUAUCAAAGAUGUCAGUAUGAAAAGUGAAGAGGAAUCAGUUAAGGUGGUGACGCCAACACCAACAUCAACAACGCCUGAAUCUCGCCAGGCUCUAAAAGAAGUAUCGGUGAAUCAUAAACUCGGUGAUACAUUUGAUAUGGGUGGUGACUACAAUACUUUUGCUGCUAGUGCUAAUAAUAAUAGUAGUAAUGCAUCAUUCAGUGAAUCACAGUAUGAAUACAAAGAGACCUCAAUGAUGAAUAGUAGUCAUACUAGUAACAAUAAUAAUAAUGACGAUGUUGAAUUAAUGAAACAAAAUUUACGUGAAGAAAUUUCGAGGUUGAGAAGUGAAGCUGAUAUUUUGAAAUCUGUAAUGGAUGAGUAUGAGGCAAUUGUGAUAAAAUCUGAAGAAAAAUUAUUUGAAAGACAAAUUGAAGAUGCAACAAAAUUGAUACGAAUUAAAAUGGAUGAAAAUGAAACCUGUGAUCAAGCUGAACGUCUGCUUUCAGUGCAUAAUGAUCUGAAAACACGUGUUGAACGUGCACAAGAUGCUCUUAAAUUUUCCGAUAAGAAAGAAGGAUUACUUAAAAAAACUCUUCGUCGAUAUAAUACAAGUCAUUCAGCUAAACAAACAAAAAUCGAUAAUUUUAUGACUGCCUAUUCAAAACAAUUAAAUGAUACACUAAUUGAACAUGAUCAUCAAAAGGCUAAUUAUCAAAGGAAAUUGGAUAAAUUACGGUGUGAAUGUCGUCUAACAGAAAUGCGUAUUCUAUCGCUUACUCAAGAAGUUAAACAAAAGGAUCUGCAUAAUGAUGAAUUGAAGUUGAUCAGAGAUCGAAUCCUCUCAUCACCAGUUAAUUAG